UGCUUCUUGGCGGAGGGUGGAUCUUAACUCUUCAUAGGUAUUGCAGGCAUACCCCUACUUUAUACAUAAACAGACAUACAGCAUACCAGUGUUAUUUAAAUUUUAAUGGAAGAGGGAGUUGAUUGAGGGAGAAAAAAUCUAAAAAAAAAAAAGCUCAUUGGUGGGAGUAACAAUGAAAAAAAGUUGAGAAACACUUAUCUAGGCCAAAUGAUUUUCCUAUAUUAUCUCAUUUAAUUUAUUUCCCCUAUCUUAUUGUCCCCAUGGAAGAAUACAAAUGAGUUAACCACGAAAUUAGUGGGAUUGAGUAACUUGCCCAAAGUCACAGCGAGGACUAGGGAUAUCCACCCAAGGUGGGUAAAUUCCCAAGUCCCAGAUCCAGUGAACAUCCCUGUCACUGUGUAGCCUUAUACUAAAAACCAAUUAGACAGUCAAUAGAAAAAAAUACAUAGCCUAUCCUAAAACCAAGGAAAACUUUUCUAGGCUUAUUCAUUCAUUGGAAUGUCUUGAUUUGGUAUCCCAUUAUUAGGGUUAAUAAUUGUGGAUCAGCUCUGAACACAUUUGUAAUACUGAACGUUAGGAUCCUAGUCAUGGGUAUAUAUCCAUGUAUGGGUAUAUAAUAUACCCAUAUAAUACCCAUACUAUGGGUAUAUAAUCACAUGAACACCGGGCCUUUUGUCUGUUUACCUUUGCAUCUCCAGGGCCCAGAAUACUGAACACAACACAUAGGGAGCACUCUAAAAGUAUGUGUUGAAUGAAUAAAAGAGAAAAGGAUGUUAUAUUUUAAGAAAAAGAUUUCAAAGCCCAAAUGAAUUAAUUCUGUUUGAUGUUAGAGCCAUGAUGUUUGCACUUCAAAAAAAAAAAAAAAACAACACCGACCACAUACAAUGUAGGACAAGGCUCAUACCUACCACAGAGAAAAUGAGUUCUGGGUGGCCAGUUGAGUUUGAUGUAGAAAUAGCCUCUAGCAACUCAAACCCCAAACAUAUGACUAAUAUUGUUACAGGAGGCAUAGCUGAUAGAUUAAAUCAGGCUUAUUUUUUCCAUGCAUUUUGAGGGGCAUGGGGAAAAAAAACAGCUACUAUUGUUGGUUGAGAUGUCAUGGUGAUAAUGCAAUUGAGGGAAAGAUAAUGUAGGUGCCUCUUUUUUCUUUUCUUUUCCAAUAGAGGAGCUAUUUAUCCAAUAGAGAAGAACUACUGUUUCAUGUCUGAGGUGGGGGCUAAACCUACCUGAGAUGUAUUACUGUACCGUGUGGAUAAGCAAAAACCCCAAGUUGUACAAAGAUGUAGUUUCCUGUCCCUAAGAAAUUUCACAUUUGCCAUCUGUGAACAGGAAUUGGUCAGCAUAUUACACAAAAUCUCUUAAUUCAUCUCCUAAUCCUUAUCAAUCCCUAACAGGUACAUCUGGUUGAGAUACGUUGAAAGUUUAAGAGUGGCUACAGAAUUAGUUAAGAUUUGCCAAACUACCUCUACAGGCAAAUGCAAACUUCGGCUUUCACAGGACCUUCCCAAAGGAAGCAGUUCAGAGGAUCAGGGCCCAAGAAAGGCUAGAAAGAAGCCCAUUUUCAUAUAUACGAGUGGAGAUAGACAAAAGAAUGGUGACAUCACCAACCAUGUCCUCAUUUUCUUGUUCCCAGUGGCAUUUACUGGCAGCAUUGAGAGGGCUUCUAAGAAAAUCCACCACGGGUGCACAGGAAAUGAGAAGUUGUGUAUGUAGCUCAGAAUCGGAGCAUGGUUAGGAAUGUUGCUGGCUGCUUCAAAGGAUAAGCCACUUUUCCACCCCCAUGUUAGAGGCAAGCUUCUUUUGGAUGUGGGUUCAAAUAUUUCUUUCUGUAAAUCACAUUUUUUAGAGUCCUAUAAAGGGGGGGGGGGUUUUGUUUGUUUCCCUUUGCUUUUAAUUCUUCUUUUCCCAUCCCCUUUGAAGCUUAUAAAACUUGGCAUAGUUAAAUGGUAAUGUUGGGAAAUAGGGACACACACACACACACACACACACACACACACACACUACAAGCCCUAUUACCUGUGCAAGCGCUACUCCAGCCUUCUUCAUGGAGAGCUGGGUGCUUCAUGGCUCUUCGUGACAGACUUUCUGCCUUCUAACACUCAGCCUUUGAGAACUCUCUCAGCAGGAACACUGUGUACUACAGACAUUCCAUUCUACACACUGAAUGACCUAAUAUAAUUAUUCAGAAUUGAAAAUCACUUUCACUUCAACAGGAGUAUUUCAGCCACCCCCGCCACUCCCACCUUUUUGGAGUUACUAAUUUAGACAUUCCUUUUCAGCAUCUUAUCAGAAUCAGGCUUAUCUAGUCCUCAGAUGAGCUCCGCAUAAGGAAAUUGUACCAGUUUAGCUUUGGGGAAGCCCUCAUGUCAAAUACUCCCCACCCCGCCCCGUGGCUGCUUUGAAAAGAGGGGGAAAAAAGACACUCAUGUAAAUGUGAUGUUACUUGCUCAUUUGGUUAAUGCAUUUCCACACCCUUGAGGUCUGCUUCAGACCUACGCUGUGGAUUUUAUUGUCCCCUGCUUCUAUGAUUCAUAUAGACAAAUCCUUUUGAUACUAUGUAAAGUAUAUCAUAUAAUUGCUUUUUGGCUUCUUCUCUGGAGGAUGAUUUGCUGUCCCAGGCAGUGAUGUGAGCCUGCUGGGGGGCAAUCCCAAUGUAGUACAAUUGAUUACUUUUCAUGAAUGCCCCACUCACUCAUUAUUGCCAUGAUCCACCUGAAAUUAGAAAUAAAAUUCUAUAUGAACUAAAAGCAAGUGCUGGCCUGAGGUGACAGGUUCAAAGGAGGCGCUACAGGAUUUUUUUUUUUUCUUUUUGGACAAGGGAGUCCCAAUUUUCUUUAGGUUUCAUCCUUGCCAGAUAAAAGGUGAAAUAACUUCUAAAAUUCAAAAAGCAUGCCCUCUUGGCUUUCAAAGUUUACAAAAGGCAGUAUGGGGAGACCAAGACCUAGGACUUUGACCUUGGACUGACUUGGGACAUUGCCCCAGGCACUUCUUAGCUGAGUGAUUGUCGCUGUUGCUUAACGGGUCUGAGCUGGGUCUUUCUUACCUUUCAAAGGGAAGACAGAGUUACCCCUUUCUAGGGUUGCGUGAGGGUGCCAUGCAUCGGCUUUGGGGCUGGAGGGUAGGGUCAGGAUAGAUUUUUGAAGGCGCCUUGAAGGCUAAGCUAAGGUGGUUAGCUUUUAUUCCAUGGAUUGGCGCCCACAUAGGUUUCCAAAGGAGUGCGGAUGUGAUUGGGUUUGUAUUAAUGCAAGUGGAGAUGGUGGACUGAAUACCGGCACAGCGCUUUUGAAAGGAUGUACACCUGUAGAGCAUAUCUUGGCGCCUAAUAAUCACUUAGUAGAGUGGCAGGCGCUAUUUUAUAACUUACGGUGAGUAAUAGAAUUCUGAUGGCGAUGGGCAUGAUGAUUGAUAGAAGGUGCCGCUUUACUCCUGCUAUAGAUUUUAAUGUAAAUCCGACUCCCCUCUCGGACCUGCGUCCCCCCAUCCUUUGCCAAGGUUGCAGCAACUCCUGGUGGGUCCCUAUGGCCCUGGCUACCCUGGGCCUGGACCACGUGACCCCUCCCCCCCACCCCCCCACCCCCCCGCUGGGUGCCCUGAAAGCCGCGUUUAUCACCCCACCCCCCACCCCGCCUAAGCCCCGGCGGACCCCGCCGCGGCCCCCGAGAGUGAAUAGCGCGCGCUGACGCCGCCGCCGCCCCAGGGAGCGGGCUGGGGACGCUGAGCAGCGCCUCCGCUGCCGGCCCCAUAAAAGGAGCAGCUGCCGCCGGGCGGCUCAGACGCGCGCGGGGAUGAGGCGGGCGGCGGCCGAGCGCGCGCCUGGGCGCCGGCAGUGACCGAGGCGGACCUCGGGGCCGCUCGGGGCCCGCAGGCACAACCCGGUCUCCGAGAGAAGGAGAAGUGCCUGGCGUGGACUAUAACUUUCUGACUGUGAAGGAGUUCUUGGACCUCGAGCAGAGCGGGACCCUUCUGGAAGUCGGCACCUAUGAAGGAAACUAUUAUGGGACACCCAAACCUCCUAGCCAGCCAGUCAGUGGGAAAGUGAUCACGACGGAUGCCUUGCAAAGCCUUCAGUCUGGCUCCAAGCAGUCGACCCCAAAGCGAACCAAGUCCUACAAUGAUAUGCAAAAUGCUGGCAUAGUCCACACGGAGAAUGAGGAGGAGGAUGACGUUCCUGAAAUGAACAGUAGCUUUACAGCCGAUUCCGGUGCCCAGGAAGAGCACACUCUCCAAGAAACAGCGUUACCGCCUGUGAAUAGUAGCAUCGUCGCUGCUCCCAUCACGGACGCUUCUCAGAAGUUCCCUCAAUACCUACCUCUUUGUGCAGAGGAUAAUUUAGGUCCUCUACCCGAGAACUGGGAGAUGGCGUACACCGAAAAUGGAGAAGUCUAUUUUAUAGACCAUAACACGAAAACAACAUCUUGGUUAGACCCUCGGUGCCUGAACAAGCAGCAGAAGCCUCUGGAAGAGUGUGAAGAUGAUGAAGAAGGGGUCCACACCGAGGAGCUGGACAGUGAACUAGAACUACCUGCUGGUUGGGAAAAGAUUGAAGACCCUGUCUAUGGUAUCUACUAUGUAGACCACAUCAACAGGAAGACACAAUAUGAGAACCCGGUUCUAGAAGCCAAACGGAAGAAGCAGCUGGAGCAGCAGCAGCCGCAGCCGCAGCCACAGCCACAGCCAGAAGAAUGGACAGAACAUCACCCAUGUCUUGUGCCUCCCGUUACUCCAAACCACCCCCCGAGCAAUCCGGAGCCAGCCAGAGAAGCUCCACUUCAGGGCAAACCCUUUUUUACACGAAACCCUUCUGAGUUGAAAGGCAAGUUUAUUCACACGAAGCUGCGGAAAAGCAGUCGUGGCUUUGGCUUCACAGUUGUUGGAGGUGAUGAACCUGACGAGUUUCUGCAAAUCAAGAGCUUGGUCCUGGAUGGUCCUGCGGCAUUGGAUGGCAAGAUGGAAACAGGAGAUGUCAUUGUCAGCGUGAAUGACACCUGUGUUUUGGGACACACACAUGCGCAAGUUGUGAAAAUCUUCCAGUCCAUUCCCAUUGGUGCCAGCGUGGACCUUGAACUCUGCCGAGGUUACCCGUUGCCUUUUGACCCAGAUGACCCCAAUACAAGUUUAGUGACUUCGGUAGCCAUUUUGGAUAAAGAACCAAUUAUUGUGAAUGGGCAAGAGACCUAUGAUUCGCCGGCCAGUCACAGCAGUAAAACAGGCAAAGUCAAUGGCAUGAAGGAUGCCAGGCCAAGCAGCCCUGCUGAUGUGGCUUCAAACGGUUCCCAUGGUUACCCCAAUGACACUGUCUCUUUGGCUUCCUCCAUAGCCACUCAGCCAGAGCUCAUAACUGUUCAUAUAGUCAAAGGCCCAAUGGGCUUUGGUUUUACUAUCGCGGACAGUCCUGGUGGCGGUGGCCAAAGAGUGAAACAGAUCGUGGACAGUCCAAGGUGCCGUGGCCUGAAAGAAGGGGAUCUUAUAGUGGAAGUUAAUAAGAAGAACGUGCAGGCUCUGACCCAUAAUCAAGUUGUGGAUAUGCUGAUUGAAUGUCCAAAGGGAAGUGAAGUCACACUGUUGGUGCAACGAGGAGGGUUGCCAGUUCCCAAGAAGAGCCCAAAGUCGCAACCACUGGAAAGAAAAGACAGCCAGAAUAGUUCUCAGCACAGUGUUUCCAGCCACCGGAGCCUGCACACGGCCUCCCCAAGCCACAGCACACAGGUGCUCCCCGAGUACCCACCUGCAGAGGCCCCAACUCCAGAUCAAACCGACAGCUCUGGGCAGAAAAAACCAGAUCCUUUUAAAAUCUGGGCCCAGUCCAGGAGCAUGUAUGAAAACCGACCUAUGUCACCUUCGCCUGCAUCGGGAUUGAGCAAGGGUGAAAGAGAAAGAGAAAUCAGUUCCACGAGUUUUGGAGAAUGUCAGAUUCCAGAUUACCAGGAACAGGACAUCUUUCUCUGGAGAAAAGAGACUGGAUUUGGAUUUAGGAUUCUGGGUGGAAAUGAACCAGGAGAACCUAUUUAUAUUGGUCACAUCGUACCACUGGGUGCUGCUGAUACAGACGGCCGCCUGAGGUCUGGGGAUGAAUUAAUCUGUGUGGAUGGGACACCGGUCAUUGGAAAAUCACACCAGCUUGUGGUCCAGCUUAUGCAACAAGCUGCCAAGCAAGGCCACGUCAAUCUCACUGUGCGGCGCAAAGUGGUGUUUACAGCCCCCAAAGCCGAGAACGAGGUGCCCUCGCCGGCCUCCUCCCACCACAGCAGCAACCAGCCGGCGUCCCUGACGGAGGAGAAGCGCACCCCGCAGGGCAGCCAGAACUCCCUGAACACGGUGAGCUCGGGCAGCGGCAGCACCAGCGGCAUCGGCAGCGGCGGCGGCGGCGGCAGCGGCGUGGUGAGCGCGGCCGUGCAGCCCUACGACGUGGAGAUCCGGCGCGGCGAGAACGAGGGCUUCGGCUUCGUCAUCGUGUCCUCGGUGAGCAGGCCCGAGGCCGGCACGACUUUCGCAGGAAAUGCAUGUGUGGCUAUGCCUCACAAAAUAGGUCGGAUUAUUGAGGGGAGUCCCGCUGACCGAUGUGGCAAGCUGAAAGUGGGAGACCGGAUCCUGGCAGUGAAUGGAUGUUCCAUCACCAACAAGUCCCAUUCAGACAUUGUCAACCUAAUCAAGGAAGCAGGAAACACAGUUACCCUCCGCAUCAUUCCCGGGGAUGAGUCCUCAAAUGCCACUUUGUUGACCAACGCAGAGAAGAUUGCCACCAUCACCACCACACACGCCCCUUCUCAGCAAGGGGCCCAGGAGACCAGGAAUACCACCAAACCAAAGCCGGAAUCUCAGUUUGAGUUCAAAGCACCCCAGGCAACACAGGAGCAAGAUUUUUACACUGUGGAACUAGAGAGAGGAGCCAAGGGAUUUGGCUUUAGUCUUCGAGGGGGCCGAGAAUAUAACAUGGACCUCUAUGUUCUGCGCUUAGCAGAGGAUGGUCCAGCAGAAAGGUGUGGAAAGAUGAGGAUUGGUGAUGAAAUCUUAGAGAUCAAUGGCGAGACCACCAAAAACAUGAAGCAUUCUCGGGCUAUAGAACUGAUUAAGAAUGGUGGCCGCAGGGUGCGUCUGUUUCUGAAGCGGGGAGACGGCUCCGUACCAGAAUAUGACCCCAGCAGCGACCGCCUCGGCCCCGCCGCCGCCGGGGCACAAGGUGUUCCGGAAGUGAGGGCCGCGCCCCCCGACCGCCGACCGCAUCCGUCAUUGGAGUCCAGUUACCCACCCGAUCUUCACAAAUCAUCACCGCAUGGGGAAAAGCGGGCACACGUGAGAGACCCAAAAGGCAGCAGAGAGUAUAUCAGACACCCCACUGAGCAUCACACAUGGAACGGAACUUCUAGAAAACCCGACAGCGGGGCUUUCCGACCCAAGGACCGGGCAGCGGAGGGACGCAGAGAGGCACCCCCGGAGCGGCCGGUGCCCAAUGGCCCCAAGAGGAGGUCCCCGGAGAAGCGCAGAGAAGGCACCCGCAGCGCGGACACCACUCUGGAGAGGAGGGAGAAGCACGAGAAGAGACGAGACGUGUCUCCGGAGCGGAGGCGCGAGCGCUCGCCCACCCGCAGGAGGGACGGCUCGCCCAGCCAUCGGAGGCGCUCCCUCGAAAGACUCUUGGAUCACACGCGGUCCCCGGAGCGGAGGAGAGGGAGCUCGCCGGAGCGCAGGGCCAAGUCCACCGAGCGCAGGCGCGAGCGCUCCCUGGAGAAGAGGGGCAGGGAGGACAGGGUCGGCCACCGAGAGAGGGAAGAGCCCAGUCUGAGACAGGACGCGGGUAGAAGCUCCAGACACGCCCCCGAGCAGAGAAGGCGACCUUACAAAGAAUGUAGCACCGACCUCAGUAUCUGAGACUCCGAGGCACAUUCCAACCUUUACCGUGUCAAAGGUUCUAAGAGGAAGGUCACAAACGUGAAAUAAUUUAGUUUCUUACCUUGAGGAAGCGUCCGACCCCCGAUGAUCCUAUAAUAGCAACAAACAUUUUAUGCAUUUGAAAUCUUAUAAGAAAAAAGAAAAUAUAUAUAUAUAUAUAUGAAAAGUGUUGUGCCUGAUGUAUAAUAUUAAAGAAAGUAUUUUUAAAUGCAUACUUUUUUUGGAAAUUAUUUGCCAAAUGCUGCCCCGAAGGGAUAUAAAUUUUGUUUCUACGUGACCUGUAGAAUUGUCAAGAAUCGUUCCCUUAUGGGGGGCAGUCUUUUUCUCUCCUGGUUAAAUAGGACUGUUGGUCAUUUUCUCUAAGGGAAAUAAUUGAUUAAGUUUAAUUAAUUUGAUGUAGAUUGUUAGGUAGUGAUGUAGUGCUAUCCUGUAGUUUAGGAGUUUUUCUUUAAAAAAAAAGAGCAAAAAGGCAAAAGUUAUAUUUGUAGAAGCUGAGGACUCUUUGGGACAGAUUAGGAUUGUCAAUGAUCCUAAAAUUAAACUGUAUGAAGAGACUACUACUGCAAAUGAAGGAUAUUUAUAGCUAAACUACACAGCACAAAGAAAUGUUGCCUUCUCGAGUCAUAGUUGGUUCAGAAAACAGUUUGUACUCUCCCUGGCCAUAGAAAGGCACAGAGAGGAGAAGGUUGGCCGCCAUUGCCCAGACAUAGCCCAAGCACGGAUAGAUGAUCAGGUUCAUUAGUAUCACCAAUAUCUGAUAAGAUCUCAUUCAGGCAGCACCAUCACAGCUUUGCUCAACUACUGGAAGGAACCAACAGUGAACACCUGUGUUGUCUUGUCUGAUUUGAGGCCAAAUAGUGGAUCGAAUGGGGAACAAUAUGCCCAGUGGGAGGGAACCAUGAGAAUCCUCCACACAGAAAGUGUGUUCCCCCCUGUGUAGCGUAAGCCCAACUGGGGGCAAGGGAAUGAGCAUUGGUGGAAGUUCCCUCUCUGUUGAUAUUUAAAGAAGUGAGGGUUCGGGGUGCUUCUUCUUAGAAAUGCCCAUUUCCCUUUGAAACCAUAAUAAAAGUCUCCAGGAUGACUGAAAGGGAAAGCAAGACACAGUCCCAGUGGCUAGAUCGAGUUGGCAAACCUCUGCCCUCAUGACCCUGUCCUUUGAGUCUUUGGACAGCAGAACAAAGCAUAACAAUUUUUUUCUUUUUAGAAUGACCCAUUCUUUUGCAAUCCCGCAGGAGGUGCGGUUGGGUCGGCUCAUAGCCCCAGGAUGUGGUUGAAAUGGAUUACUGCCUAGCUGAGCCAAAACGUUUGCUUGUACCUGUUGGACCACUACAGCAAACCGCUGCUUAGGAUGCAUUGUGUAUUUCUGUAGUACUGUUUUGCAUUUCCCAUACAGACACACAACUUUGCAAGUCAAUCACUGUUGUUCUCAUGGUACUGUUUAAGGAAACAAUGAAAAAGGAAAAAAAAAAUGGAGAAAACCAGUCAGUCCUUGUGUGUACAGAGUUAAAAAUUGUAAUUAAUAGAGCCUGUUUAAAAAAAAAAAAACAACUGUUGCCUUUUUUUCUUGUAUAAAAGAGAAUUUAUGACAAAAAAUUUAGCUGUGAGGAAUGUGAUACGUGUUUAUAUUUCUGAAUAUGGAACAAAUUGAUUCAUUGGGAUAUAUUUUAAUGUAAUCUAAAUCAGGUAUGUAAAGUUGUUUUAAAAUGGGAGACAAUAUAAGUAAUUCUCUAAAGCUUUAGUCGGUUUGGAUACCAUCAUUUCCUCCAUGGGGAGCCUGCUUGUGAAUUAUUAAGCUCUGUUUGCAUUCUCUGUUCUGUUCUUCACUCAUUUCUUGCCGUGUGCUAUGGACUUAAUGCUCUUUCUGUAUUGAUGAAAAGCAGUAUGUGGGCCAAUCUUUUUAUAAAACACUAUGCAUAUAUAAAUAUCACAUUGUUCAUAGCUUUAUUUGACUUAUGGGUUUAUACAUAACAUAGAAUGAGUACCUAUAGCUGUGUGGACAUGUACAAAACUAGUUCCUUUCCUGGAACAGAGACCGUGUACAUUCUGUAGCUGCAAAGGAGGAAAAGGGUCUGUGACCGCGAUCUUUAUUAUCAGUUUUCCACGCGAAGCAAGCAUUGAGCUGUGGUAGGGAGGCCGAGGGAGAACACGACUGAGUAAUGGCAUUCUUUUUCAUCAGGUUCCUAGGAGCCCACAUGGGGAUUUUAUUCCUAAGGCUCCACUGCUAGGAAUUUUCUCGCUGUUUCUAGCAAAAUCUGUGAUGUUAAAUGAUCGAUGCUCUCGCUUGUGGUCCAGAGUUUUAAAUAAAUGAAAUCAAGGUGGAUUUGGGGGAGUACGUCGUGAAAUUAACAACUUAAUGUCUUUCUUGUCGUCAGAGGUGAUAUUUGACAUUUUAAAAUCUGUGUGCUACCCACCUGGGCUUAGUCUUCACCAGUCCGUGAAGACUUGAUGUGACAGUUUCCUCUGACUGCCACACAUCAGAUUUGCUUUGGGAAUACUGUACUGUACAGGGACUAUGCAUUAAGCAGAAAGAUCUAGUUUUCUCUGAACUACUGUAACCUUAGAUUGGAGACGGAUUCUUGUGAGCCUACUUUCCCUAAUCCCCCACUUCAUGUAAAUGUCUUGAUGAGAGAUGAUGGAUGAGUAUUUUGUAUGAUUAAAUCAAACCAUUGAAGAAUCCCCCACCCACCCGUUACACAGUUAAUGCCUGAAAGAAUGUUGGUUGGGGGGGUGGGGGAGAACUCAACACCCUACUUGUAUUUUUUAAGUUUCUUUUGUGAAAGAUUUUUUAAUGCAUUUUUACUGUAAAAAUACAUGGAAAUGUAUGCAUUCCAUAACCAC